CUUGGGGGCCGGACAACAAGGCGGACAAUCAGGGCCCACUAUUGGUGCAUUGAGGGGGCCGAAGUCAGAGACGAAGUCAGAGACCCCGGUAAUCUGCACAUCAGACAAUGGAACAUGGGAAGACAAGGUAAGAUAGUAGGUAGGUGGACAUUCUGCACGUUUCCCCCCCCCAUCUUUUGCUUAUCCCCCCCUCCUCCUCUCUCAUCUCCUCUCUCUUUCUCUCCUCUUUGCAUUUUGUGGUCUCUUCAACUUUUGGUAAUUUCUGCGCCUUGGUCACCUUGGUCAUUUUGGUCGUCUUGACCACCACGACCACCAUGACCACUGCCUCGCUCAACCAGAGCGCCCAGAGCCAGACCCUGGGCGCCAUCAUCCCCUUUGCCGUCUUAUCCAUCAUCGCCGUUGUCCUCCGUUUGCUGGCCAAAUCUCUGACCCGGCUGCGAUUUGGCCUGGAUGACUAUUUGAUUAUUGUGGGAUUGGCUUGCUCGCUGGGUUGCUUCAGUCUUUCCACCAUCAUGGUUGCAUUGGGAUCAGGUCGUCACCUGGCGGUCGUUCCCACAGGGAACAUCCCCAAGUACCUCAAGUGCAUGUAUGCGUACCAGAUGAUCUACACCGCGACCAUCCUCUCCGUCAAACUGUCCAUCCUCACCUACUACGUCCGCAUCUUCCAAAUCCGCCCCUUCCGCAUCGCCGUCUAUGUCGUCGGCACUCUGGUCGUCGCCUGGGCCGUCAUUGUCUGGUUCAUUUCCAUUUUCUCCUGCCGGCCGCUGAACGGCUUCUGGGACAAGUCGGUGCCGGCCACCUGCGUCAGCAGCAAGGCAUUCUACGUCGGAAACGCGGUUCCCAACAUCUGCACCGAUGUGAUGAUCUUGAUCCUGCCCUUGCGAAUGGUCUGGGGGCUGCAGACCACUCGCAUCCAGAAGGUCACUCUGUCCGCUAUCUUUCUCCUGGGUGGCUUUGUGGUGGUAUGCAGUUGCAUUCGACUAUCGACGCAGUUCAAAGUCGAUGACCCGGAUUUCACCUGGGCCAUGAACGGCACCGUGAUCUGGACCUCGCUCGAGGUCUCCUUUGGCGUCAUAUCCGCCUGUCUGCCCACGAUGCGUCCAAUCGUCCGCUGGGCCAUGCGAAGACUCGACAUCUCGGACUCCGAGACCUCCAAAUCGUCCCAGCGCUAUUUUCCCUCCAACCACGUCACGACGCGUGGGUUCGAGACGCUGUCCGGGUCCGGAGGCGACGCCCAGACACAUCAAUUACACACCACCGCAGUGCGCAGUAAUAGUCGGACGGAGAGCAAUUUUGGCGAGGAGCUGUUGCUGGGGCAGAUCCAGGUUAAAAAUGAGGUCCGAUUCGAGGCCGAGUCGGUAUAGCGCCAGUGGAGUUGUAAUGGUUAUUCUGUAUAUUGUAGAUAUUUUGCAUUAUGUAUAGGCGAAGGGCGUUCUGGUCUGCUUUCUCAAUUGGCACCGCAGUCUGUUCACGCGUAAGCGGGAUUUUAGACUAUUCCGCCGGCGUUUCUGACGCCCUCAGCGGCUCUGUAGACCGUCCGCCCGGAGAGGCGUGUCAACCUGCAUACUAGCUAUAUUAAUG